CGCGUCAUUUGCUGCAACGCAAUCCCAGCCAUCCCGAACUCCCAGUGUUCCCGGCGUCAUGUACCGUUAUACCCCGUUAUCAGCCGUUUGACCUACUGAACGGAAGUUGAAGAGCCGCCGCCGAUAUUAUGGACGGAAUUCCAAAAUGAACCGAAGUUAAUUUAUUUCUAAAGAAGCGCUGCGCGGUGCGCAGCAUCGGUGGGCGAGGGCGUGGAUGUAGCGAUGGUGCUGGAUCUGGGUGAGAACUGCAUGGAGCAGGCUAAUGGAGGAGAGCUCGCAAAGGAUGUCUCAGAAAUGUUAGAACCAGAGCCCAGCCCAGAGAAACCCAAACCAGCGAGAGCCAGGACCAGCAGCAUCACCCAAAGAGACAAAUCGACGCGCAAUGGGCCUCACGAGCAGCCUUGUCCCGCUUGGGACGGCUGCUCCCAGGCUCAAAGAAGGCUCCAGAAGACAGAAGGUCGAAAUAAAGGAGAAACUGCGCAGCCAAGGGAACCUUCCAAACCGCCACCUUGCCGAAGGCCACUCAGUCUGGAAAUAAAACCACAGCGGCUUAGAGCAACGCAGCCAGCGCAGAAGGUGAUACAGCCACCGUGGCGCAGUGGUGGCCCUUCUCCACCCAUGCGAAGCCUAACGAGCCUCAGUUUGGGGCCCGGGAACUGGCUCCGCCGGAGUGAGAGCACAUGCACAGUGAACUCCACGACGGCCGCUCGUGCUGCCAGGGGUCAAAUGAGACCUGCGACCUCCUUGCCACACAUUGCCAGGGGCAUCGCUCCACUUCCUUCACCGUCGACACCUCGCGGGCCGUGCCUGCUUGUGGCUCUUCGUCCCUUAAACCUGGAACAGGAGCGUCAGACCUUUUUUAAGUCCAACUAUCAGUAUGAGCCCCAGUUUGAGUACACCUCCCCUGAGCCUGUCAGUGUUUUGGAGAAAUACAGAGAGGGCUCCAGUCUCUUUCUGUGCCAGGCGGUCGGAAUCAUGGAGUGUGUGCUUAGGAAGUUUGAGACCUAUGAAAACUUUGAAGAGGUCACAGGAGGCAGCUUGCUCCCGAAGAGUCAGGUGUGGGCUGCCACACGCAAGUACCUGCAGAAGGAGGGCUGUGUCGGUGAGGUGGUGGUAAGUCUCUCCGAUGAGCUUCUGUCUCAGGCGGUAAUGAUGGUGGAGAGAUGUCGACCAACACUAACUAUUAACUUGUCCGGAGCACGACAACACUGGCUUGAGGGCAUGCUUAGACACGAGAUUGGCACACAUUACUUACGGGGUGUGAAUAACAGCAUGCAGCCAUGGGCCACUUCUGUUGGGAGAAAGCAGUUUGGACUGAAACCAGCUAAUCCUACCGAAGAGGGGCUCGCUAGUCUUCACAGCGUGUUGCUACGGAAACAGCCCUUCCUUUGGCGAGCCGCUCUGCUAUACUAUACUGUAUACCAUGCCACAAACAUGAGCUUCAGCCAACUGUUCAGCCAUAUUGCUCGCUUUGUCCAGGAUCCUGCUGUACGCUGGGAAUACUGCCUCCGCGCCAAACGAGGACAGACAGAUACCUCGAAACCAGGUUGCUUCAGUAAAGAUCAGGUCUACCUCGAUGGAAUUUUAAGGAUUUUACGCCACAGAAGGAACAUUGAUUUUAAGAUAUUAACUGCUCUUGGCAAGGUUUCCUAUGAAGAUGUGGACAGACUUCGGCAUUCGGCUGUUCUAAAUGGAACUAGGAUUCCUCAUUUCAUGCAGGACGAAGAACGCUAUCUUCAACACCUCGAUCACAUUGUCACAGUGAACGAACUGAGCGACGCUGAGCUUCAAGAGCUCAUUCCAUAAAGAGUUGCAAAAAAGCAUCAAAACCAUUCGAUUUUCCCAGGCCAAAAAAAACUGUCUGCAAAAAUGUGAUUUUACAACAUAAUUUUGGAUGGUUUUUCAUGAAAACGUGAUCCGUGAUGAUCAUCCAUAAAAAAGUAUUACACACAGCAUGGUUGUGUCCAACGAUCGACGUGGUAAUUUGCUGCAUUAAGUGCCAUAUUACUCAGAAAGUCUGUUUACAAAUACAAUGAUUGUCUGUUUUAAAACCAUAUGACUGUCAGGCAUGAAAGACAUGUUUGGAUUCUUGCAAACUCAAUGUGUGUUCGGAAUGGCAUGCUACCAUACUCAUACUAUUUUUUUUAAUACGCGGUAUGCAAAUAUACCGAAUACAUGAAUUAUGUAGUAAAUCAUGUCAAAGUGUGCAGUACCUUGUGUUUCUAGUGUUACGACUCAUCCAAAAUCGGUAUCGACCAUCAUUUCUCUCUUGAUCGAUUAGCAAAUGAACAAUGCAAGAUAGUCGUAAUUAUGACGAUUGGACGUCAUGUGUAUUUUUUAAUGUAAACAACAAAUUGCUUUGCAUACCGUUUUAGUAAACUACACUGUAUGCAGUACGGUAGUUUUCCUUUCCGAACACUACAUUCGUGAGAAGCAAAAAAAAAAGGUCACGUAGCAUUUUAACUGCACUCUCAAUAUAAUGGGCAUGUCCCAUUAUGAAAAUGAUUAAUAUCACGUUCGAGCCAGAACUAUGUGAGCACUAAAUCAAAUUUACCCUCACAGUAUUUAUGAGGUUUCACACCUAUGAACACUUCUACUAGUCUUUCAGUUUCUCUAUUUAUUAUUUGUUUACCUCUUGUAUUCAUGUUAAACACUGAAUGUUCGUGGUUUUAGCUUUAUACACAAGUAGCAAAUGCAUUUUUUUUUUCUUUCACUUAGUAUAGCAAGCAAUGCAAAGAGACACCAAGGCUGACUCCGUUUUAUAAAUUGAGAAUCUGAUGAAAGCGAAAAUUACACUUGUAAAACAAAAAUCACCCCCUUCGGCACUAUUUUUUUCCUCAUCAGGGCCAGUACUCUAUCUGGAGAUAAUCAGUGUUCUUCUGAGAGCACCCUUGGUGGUCUUUAUUACCUUUGCUAAUGUGACGUGACACCUUUGUAGAAGAGUUGCCACUGCAACCUCUGCUUUUUGUACCUGUCUAAAGCAGUCCAGCUGGCCAGCUUCCUCACUGUGCAUAUUAAGAUUGUGAUGGACUCAGGAAGAAAAAAAAACGGGAGGUCAUGUGGAUGUGCCUUAUAUGGGUUCCAAACUCAUGCGUCAUGUCAUUGCUACAUGGUAUAUGCUUGAAAUUACAUAUCCGUUUGUAUUUAUAAUCAUUGUCAGUACUGCACGAAAAUUGCACACUUCACUAUAAGUUGAUGUUAUCCUAUUAAAAUUGUACACUGAA